UGACAGAAAGGGGUGGGGCCCACGAUGAGUCUGAUUCUUUAAGCAAACUUUUCAGUAGGGCUGCCUGCUUCCUUUCCCACUGCUGUAACGGGACCAGACAAAAGGAGUUUGAAGGACUCCCAAGUAUUUCUGCCUGAAGCCAAGAUCCAGAUCCGGUCGCCACCAUGUCAAGCAAACGUGCCAAGGGAAAGACCACCAAGAAGCGCCCUCAGAGGGCCACCUCCAAUGUCUUUGCUAUGUUCGACCAGUCUCAGAUCCAGGAGUUCAAGGAGGCAUUCAACAUGAUCGACCAGAACAGAGACGGUUUCAUCGACAAGGAGGAUCUGCAUGACAUGCUGGCCUCUUUGGGUAAGAACCCCUCUGAUGAAUACCUUGAGGGCAUGAUGAGCGAAGCACCUGGCCCCAUUAACUUCACCAUGUUCCUCACCAUGUUUGGAGAGAGGCUGAACGGGACAGACCCCGAAGAUGUCAUCCGCAACGCCUUUGCCUGCUUUGAUGAGGAGGGAUCUGGCGUGAUCCAUGAAGACCACCUGAGAGAGCUGCUGACCACCAUGGGUGAUCGCUUCACAGAUGAGGAGGUGGAUGAGCUGUUUCGUGAGGCACCCAUUGACAAGAAGGGCAACUUUAACUACGCAGAGUUCACCCGCAUCCUCAAACAUGGCGCCAAAGACAAAGAUGAUGAGUAGGCGAAGAUGACUGCUUCCUCUUGACACCCCCCCGGCUCAAUUAUUGCACCAUAAGUCUGUCCCCAUCUCCCCUUUGAACAUUGGAGCAAAAAAUAAAUAGGAAUCCAGUGUCAGAGUUGUUUUUAUAUUCGAACAGAGCAAAAGUGAAUUGUUUUACUGAUGUUUGUUAAAGGUAGAAUCUUAGGAUUCAAAGAAUUAUUUUGCAAUACACGACUUCUCAGUUGUCAUUGUUUUAGGAUUUAAAUACAGUAUGUAGAGAGGUGCCUUACAGUAUCUGCAUCUCAGCUACAAGCCUACCGCUGCUUCCUCCACCUCAGCUGCAGUUUGUCUGGUAUUCACAGGAUGUUAGAUGGACUUUUGAGAUGCAUGUAGCAGAAAUGUUUAUUGUGUUUAGGGGAGGGGGGCUGUUUGGACUUCUAGUUUCAGUGCUACCUACAGUACCAGCCAUGUUUACCUCUUCCUGCCAUUUAGCUAGCACACCUGCACUCGCACUGCAAUGCGGCCCCUUCUGUCAUAUCUGUAUCCUCACAUGAUGGAAAAAGAAAGUAAUCAUUGUGUUUAUUCAUUUUUGACAAUCAAAAGUUUUCUUUUAUUUCUUCCUGUUCAAAUGGUUGGUAGACUUGCUCGUCUUAAAUGAAGUCUUGUUGCAUUGGCUGGUUGUAUGUGUUUGUUGAGGAAUCAGGUCUGUUGUUUUGUUGAAGGAAUUCAGUCUUGAAACUGCUCAGGCAAAUAAAGAAAAAUGUGGUUAUUUGUGUUUAGAGUGCUUUGAAAUCAUUGGCUGCCCCAGUUUCACUUAAGUAUAUGUCUGAUUUAAUAACCAUAUAUAAUGUAUCAUUGGUGCAUUAAGGUGUUUAAGGGCUAAUACUGUACUUGUACAGCUUGAAUGCAUACACUCCGACAAUUAAAGAAUAAAAAAUAAAUUCAGCAUCUCCUCUGAGAUGUUCAGCACUAAGUUUUUGUUCAGAUUUCUCUGUUAAAAGGUGGAGUCUCGUGUCUGUGGGAGAUUUUUUUUUUUUUAUAUUAAAUAUCCUACAGAAAGUAAAACUCACGGCUCAAACUGAAUUGGACCACCAAAUGCUACAAGAAAAACUUUACAUUGAUUUUUAAUAUUGAUUCUCCAAAACUCUGAAGGGAUGGAAAACAAAAAGAUGAUGGUGGUUGAGAGUCCAGCACAUCUGUACUCAAUUUUCCCUUAACUUUCCAUCAUUUUCCUACUUUUCAGUGAGACUUCAUGUCCUAUGGAUGGGAUAAAUGUCAUCCUGGAAAAGACCACACCUACCAGGAUAGAAAUGUUUUAAGAAGGAAUAAUGGUGACUAGAGUAACUUAUUUCCUGACCCCUGCAACUGCAGAUACAAGUGGAGCAAACCUACCCCUUGUUUCAAUUCUCAGUUUUUACAUCCUCUCACCAGAGAUGCCAGUGGAGAAAAACAUUUAUCAGAUUGAAAUACCUGUAUACGCAUGGGACAGUGAGAAACGUAAUUUCGAUUCCUUUGUAUGUUAUGGGCAUGUGAAGAAAUUGACAAAUAAACCUGACUUUAAGACUUUAAGACUUUAAGAAAUCAUUAAUAUUUUUGCUUCAGAUUUUACUUUUAAACCCACAUCAGUUCCAUGUGUCUAAUUAUUUUUGUUUUGUCACUGCUGUGCUGAAUGAAAGCAUUUUUUGACAACACAUUUAGUCCAAUGCACAAUUUGAGAUUAACGUGUCCCACCCUCCAACAUUGGAUGGAAAACACAAAGAAUGCACUGCUGUAUUCUGACAAAGCUCCUCCAACAGGCCUCCUCUGGGUGCAUUUAGGAAAUUAAAAUAUCCCUCACAAUAGUUUGUCUUGAUCAAUUUCCAGGUCAAACACCGGACAGAGAAAGAACAAACAAAUUAGACAAAAUGACAUGAACCUCUGGUGGACAACAGUGUCAGGUUAAAGGUUGUCCUUUGAUUUGUUCAAGCAUUUUUUAGUAAAAUUAACCCAAUCAUGCAAAUGCAUUAUCAGAUAGUGAUGACACAUCUGUCCUAUAGGUUUUAUUUUGGCAAAGCUACCAAAAUGCAGACAUCUUCAGCCCCAGAUGAUGAAUUUGGAUAUCCUUCCAUGGAUUUUUCCCCCUUCAUGAGCAAUUAAAGACAAAAGAAUCUGCAAGUAUGAAAAAACGAACUUUUAUUUCUUUGAAAUGUUCAUACAAAAACACAUUUAAAGUUUAAGGCGUAUAUUGCACAGACUAAGAGUUAAUAUAUAUUUAAAAAAAAAAACAAAAAAAAAACAUUAGGGACAUCACCCCUUGGUUGUAGGCUUAAGGCACAGCAGCCAGUCAUACCGCCAUCAGUCAUGAUUCACAAUGUCCAUUUUGUGAAAGCAUUUGGCUGAAAAACUACAGUUUGAGAUUGAGCUCAUGCUAGAACAUACAAACAAAAAGUAUUCUUGACCUUCACAAUAUUUACAUCUUCACAUCAUGAUGUAAGGUGUGUCAGUUUGCAUCAAAAAUCUAAAAUAAACCAUGCCAUAUAAAACCCAAACCCUGUCAGUCAUGUCCAGUAUUAGAACCGAGAUGAUGUCAUCAGUGGUAUGAAUCAUUCAGGUAUUACUGAAACAGUAUUCAAUAAAUGACCUAAGCCUGACAUGACCUGUGUAAUUUGAGGUAUAAAUGCCCACCAGUCUACUGAGUAGCUGAACCAGAGAGAAAAAAAACAAAAAAAAAAAAACA